GUCUUAAGUUUUGGCGGUGAUCAGAGCAGUGUAAAGGGGAGGGGAGCCAGCUGGGCGCGCGCGCGUGUGUGCGCGUGUGACAUAAACGCCGGGGUGUCCUGAGGGGACGGUUCAAACCCAAAAAGGACCUGAGCAGAGGGGGACAUCAGCAUCACCGACACCAACAUCCCACUUAUUUGAUGUCCUCUCAGCAGUAUGACUCCUGUUGAAUAAAGAACGGCGAAAGAAAGCAGAAGUCAGCCCUCUGGAGAGCGAUGAACCGGGAGAAGGUGCAGGCUGGCGACUCCAUCGUGCCUCCCGCGGCCGGCGUGAUCGUGGUCGCUCCGCAGGACGGCAUGGACGACAAGCACCUCGGAGAACUGCCGGUGUUUAACUGCGCCGGAGGGAGAGACGCGCUACCGGCGGAGAGUCGAGAGUCCUCACCGAGGCACGAGCCCGCGCCCGCGGGCGCGCCGCCUACCGUCCACCGGACCACCUCCUUCUCUGUUCUGGACAUUUUGGACCCCAAUAAAUUUACUAGUAAGAGGCAAGCGCCUAACAGGACAGGUUGUGAGUUCAUGUUUGGAGCGGAAAACAGAAGCGAUGACUCGAAUCACACGAUCGAGCACAAGUCUUACCAAGAGGACUACGAGUGUAAAAAAACAUCAGGGAUUUUAAAGGACGGGUUCGUGUUCCGGUCAGAUGAGUGUGAGGCUGAUUUCACCCGCGGGAAUCAGUCGGACGGAGAGCUGCAGGAGGAUCUGUGCAGCGAGGAGACCGGGAACAACGACGCCGAGUUCGGGCAGCACGAGGACGACGACUCCAUGAGUAAAAGUCCAGACCAGACUCAACAGUCCUCAACAAACGGACAGAACCACCCGGUGAAACCCAAACGGAAGCGCUCCGGCUCGGACUCAAAGUCUGGCAAGCCCAGAAGAGCGCGGACUGCGUUCACGUACGAGCAGCUGGUGGCUCUGGAGAACAAGUUCAAGUCGACGCGAUACCUGUCCGUGUGCGAGCGCCUCAACCUGGCGCUGUCCUUGAGCUUGACAGAGACGCAGGUGAAAAUAUGGUUUCAGAACCGCCGGACCAAGUGGAAGAAGCAGAACCCGGGCGCGGACACGAGCGCGCCGACCGGCGGGAGCGGAGGAGGGCCGAACGGAGCGAGCAACGGGCUGGGCAGCCUGAGUCCUCUGAGUCCGUCUCCUCCCAUGAGCGGACACCUGUCCAUGCACACCAGCUAUCCGGGUCACGCGCCCGGGGGACUCGUCUGCACCACGCAGUUGCCCUUUCUGCCGGGUCACGCGGUUCUGUCGCCCUUCAUGCUGGGCUCGCAGACUUACGGAGCGCCGACAUUUUACGCGCCGCACUUAUAAGAACAGAAUCACGGGAACAUUUCUGACUUGAAGCGCUAUAAAUGCGACAUGUAUUUCAACCUCGCUGCACUGUGGCAAACCCAGAAAGUUUACGAAUCGAAUUGCUUCAUUUUGAUAAAAUGUGAAUAUUUCUCUAGGUCAAACUGUAAAUAUUCAGUUAUUAUGAAAUGUGUUUAGACAUUAACUUUGAAUGCAAAUGUAGUAGGGAAUAAAAAACGAAGAAUGAGA